AUGCAUUAUAACCCGCGCUCGAUCGAGCUCGUACACGAGAUGACCUCAAAAGCCAUCGAGGACGGCACGUUUGGAUGUUUAGUUCUGGAGUCGUGCGAAAAACGAUGGGAGAAAACGUUGGAGUUUCAACGUCCAGGAACUAUUAGGCGUCAACUGUUGGAUAACGAGUUUCAAGCGGCGCAGGAAUUGGUGGAGGAUCAAUCGCAAGUCUCGCUCGGGGACCAGUCCAUAGACGAUCUCGGGCAGAACAUGAAACGGAUAUUCAAGGAAACGCUGGAAGAUGUGAAGAGCAUCGACGGUUGGAAAAGGGUGAGAGAGGAUUUGGUGCGGUACUCGGCGACGGAAUUGUACCCGACGAAAGAGUUCGGGAAGGACGUGCAGACUUUAUCGUUGCAAGAUUUCUUGUUAGACGGGAGGUUACUCGUGGCGUUGCCAAUUUCUUUGUUUCGGUACCCGUUGGCGUGGUUAUUGAAGUCGCCAAAAUUAGUCGUGCCUUUGCUUUCGUUUUAUUUCGGGUUGGCGAAUUUGCCGGGGUUGGUCGAGGCGAUGGAAACGAGCGGCGGCGGGGACGUUCUAGCGACGGCGGCAUCUGGAGGAGUUGGUCUCGUGCAAAGCGCAGAUAUCUUGGACGAGACGUUGUCCGUACUUUUCCUCUUUUUAGACGUGUUCCAAAUCGUGGUUUUGUCUCGAUUGAUGUUAGUCGCGUUGUUGGGAGAACGCAACGACGUGCUCUCGGAGAGUAUUCGCCAGAAAUGCGAGGAACAAAAAGGAACUGAGAAAACGGUCAUUGCGAUAUUAGGUGCCGCGCACUUGAACGGAGUACAAAAUAGAUUGCUGUAA